GGACCAUUAUACUGACAACUAUGAUAUCAAACACCAUUAGAUGCUAUUUGGGUGGCGAGAUCCAGCUCGUUCAUCUAAACGCAAGCUCAUUAAAGCUCUUCUCACUUGUCGCAUACACCACAUACUUACUCCUCCUACGACUCCUAUCCGCCUUGAUCUGCGUUGUCAGCAAAACUCCAAGAUGCUUCAUGGUUCAUAUUGAUACCACGGAGAUUCGCAUUGUCGGGUUAGUCGUAUCAAUUCUCCGAAUGCUCCCGGGUAAGACACAGCAGACGCCCUUGAGCGCCGCAAAUCGCCGCGGUCGUUUAUCAGGAAAUGGAGACUACAUAGUUCCAGUCGAAGGGCUUGCUGACAACAUGAUUAUGCCUCGGGAAAGCUCAUUAGAUUUCGAUCGUCCGUCAGAAUCGUCGUUUCGCCGACUAAACGCCAGUUCAAUCGCAUACCGCCCACAGGCUCCUCGACCUCCUUAUCGACGAGGAUUUGAGAAUAUGAGACCGUCGUUAAUACGUACUACUCAACUACGAACAGACACUCAGCAGAGUUUUGCUAUACCAUUCAGCCUUGACGGAACUGUCUCUCCCCCUCUCUUUGACCCAAUCCCACGAGUUCCUAACCCGCCAAUGCCUGUUUUCAUCGCUCGCCAUAUUUCAGUCAGUGAUUCAAUCUAUUCAUCAAGGUCUGUUGGGCUCCCGGGACGUCGGUAUCGCUCAACAAGCACUAGCUUUGGUGGAGAAAAAUCUCCUGCCAAUGUUGAGUCUUAUACCAGUGUUCUCCCCAAUCCAGCAUUUGCCGACUCCGACAGCCCCUAUCUAUCUUCCGAGACUAAAAAAGUGCAGUCUGACAACGACAUUCAAAAAGCGAACUUUAGUAAUGCUUCAACAUUUCCCGGACAUUUUCCUAUCAGUGAAGAUCUCGAAUACGGCUCUCUAACAACAGUCGCACAACAUUACUUUUCCUCAAGAAACGAAAGACCAAAAAUAAUCAGGCCGUUGUCUGCACCGGUGGUUCGCACGUCAUGAAAAGAAAAAUAUUUCAACAGUAUCA